CUCUGUUAUAUGCAGUUCCUUCUUCCAGCCGUUGCCUGCAGACAGUUUGCCUCCUAGGAUGGCGGACAGGCUCCCCACAGAGUUUGAUGUGGUUAUAAUAGGGACAGGUUUGCCAGAGUCCAUCCUUGCCGCUGCAUGUGCAAGAAGUGGUCAGAGAGUCCUGCAUGUUGACUCAAGAAGUUACUAUGGAGGAAACUGGGCUAGUUUCAGCUUUUCCGGAUUACUGUCCUGGCUAGAGGAGUAUCAGCCAAGCAGUGACCUUGACGAAGGAAGUACUGCUACGUGGCAAGACUCGAUCCAUGAAACGGAAGAAGCCAUCCCACUCUGCAAGAAGGAUAAAAGCAUUCAACAUACUGAAGUGUUUUGUUAUGCUAGUCAUGACGUGGAGGACACUGUCGAAGAGAUUGGUGCUCUGCGGAAAAAUCCUUCCUCAGUGGGAUCUGCUGCUCUCACCGAACCUCUGGAUUCUUCAGCCUUGCCCGAACAAAAACUGUCAUCAGAUGAUGCUGGCUAUGAAAUGUUUGCUCAACACACUCAAAACAGUGAAGCAGUGAUUUCACACAAAGCAACUGACAUAGAGGAAUCACUGGAGAAAGAAAGGUGUUGUGGAGACACAACUUGUACACACACAGUCUCCAGUGGAGAUAAAGAUGAAAACAACUCUAUAGAAGACAGUUCUAACCAACGAAAGAGAAAUACCAUUACUUAUUCUCAACUAGUUAAAGAAGGGAGGAGAUUUAACAUUGACUUGGUAUCAAAGCUGCUAUAUUCUCAAGGAUCCCUAAUUGAUCUCUUAAUCAAAUCGAAUGUUAGUCGUUACGCAGAAUUUAAAAAUGUCACCAGGAUUCUUGCAUUUCGGGAAGGGAAGGUGGAACAGGUGCCUUGUUCUAGAGCAGAUGUCUUCAAUAGCAAAGAACUCACCAUGGUUGAAAAGAGGAUGCUCAUGAAAUUUCUUACAUUCUGUUUAGACUAUGAGCAGCAUCCGGAUGAAUACCAAGAUUUCAAACAAUGUUCAUUUUCAGAGUACUUGAAAACUAAAAAACUAACUCCCAACCUCCAACAUUUUAUACUACAUUCAAUUGCAAUGACAUCAGAAUCAUCGUGUACUACAUUAGAUGGUCUUCGGGCAACAAAAAACUUUCUUCAGUGUCUUGGACGGUUUGGCAACACUCCCUUUUUAUUUCCUGUGUAUGGCCAAGGAGAAAUUCCGCAGUGUUUCUGCAGGAUGUGUGCAGUUUUUGGUGGAAUCUAUUGUCUUCGUCAUAGAGUGCAGUGUCUUGUAGUUGAUAAAGAAUCUGGAAGAUGUAAAGCCAUUAUAGAUCACUUUGGCCAAAGAAUAAGUGCUAAGUAUUUUAUCAUGGGGGACCAUUACCUUUCUGAGGAAACCUGCUCAAAGGUGCAGUAUAAGCAAAUCUCAAGGGCAGUGCUCAUUACAGAUAAGUCUUUACUAAAGACAGAUUCGGAUCAGGAGAUUUCCAUUUUGAUGGUGCCUCCAGUGGAAGCAGGAACUUGCUCCGUUCGGGUCACCGAAUUAUGUUCUUCAACGAUGACAUGCAUGAAAGGUGCACAUCUGGUCCAUCUAACUUGUUCCUCUUCGAAAACAGCUCGAGAAGACCUAGAACCAGUAACUCGGAAAUUAUUCAUUCCUUAUUCUGCAUCAGAAGGAGAAAAGGAAGGGCUUACAAAGCCAAGACUUUUGUGGGCUCUUUAUUUUAACAUGAGAGAUUCCUCAGGAAUCAGCAGAAGCUGUUACACCGGCUUGCCCCCCAACGUCUAUGUCUGCUCUGGGCCUGACUGCGAUCUGGGAAACGAACAUGCAGUCAAGCAAGCUGAAACACUUUUCCGGGAAAUCCUUCCAAGUGAAGAAUUCUGCCCUCCACCUCCAAAUCCAGAAGACAUUAUUUUUGACAGUAAUGACAGGCAACCAGAGGCUCCUGGGACUCAUGAUAUAAUCAUGACCGAGCUGGAAUCCUCUGAGGACAGCAAAAACCGACAAAGCCCAGGGCAGCAACUUCGGAAUUAGAAAGAAGUCAAUUGGAAGUCCUCUUCAUCUUGUCAUUCAGGAUAUUCUCAUUUAAAGACCAUGUUUCGUUAGGAGUAAUUGGAAGUGGUUUGAUGGUGACUGCCUUGAGGAUUUUGUCUCUGACUCUUUAGGAUAUUCAACAUUGGGUGUUCUUUAUUAACCUGUCACUAAUUGAUGUAUUGGGUAUCACAGCUUUUGUUCCAGAACCUGCUCCAUGUUUUAAUAUUGCGUGUACUGAGUUCCACCUUAGCAGCUUUGCUUAAAGAAAAUACUGUACCUACUGUUGAUCUUCAGACUUUGUCGUUUCCUACAGGACAGUUAACUCUCUAAGGUGUAUUUUAGUUACUUUGGCAGCUCUUACAUUGCUGUCACCUUUGUUUGAAUAGUGAAACAGUACAUUAUAUGAGCCUUUGUACAUAAUAGAAAAAUACACACUUGAUAGUGGGAAUAUCAACUAAUACAAGUUCCAGUAUGAUCAAAGAUAUAUUUUGUUACAACAUUAGCUUUGCAUGUUUUUUUGUUGUUGUUGUUCGUGAAGAAAUUUUACAUUUUGCCAUUUAUCCUUGUAACUGACAGGGCAGUGAAGCCAUCCACCAUACCUUCUGCUUUCCAAAAGAGCCUGAUUUCAAUUCGCAGAAGAGCUCAGAAAAUUCCUGCAGAGUCCUGCUCUGCUUUAGCACAUCAGAGUAAAGGACUUCCCAGAAGUGACUCAGGUGCCACUUCUCUGCCAUCCCCCCAAGCCUCUUCCCCACCCUU